GUAUGCGAAUUGUUUGACUGUUCUACCCCUGUUCCCACUCUCCCUACCCUCCCCGUACUCUGUGACCACCAGGACCUUUCAAGUACCCCAUCAGUUCACACUGAUGUCGAUGGAACACGACACCGGGGCACUGCCACGACGCAAUGCCAGGCUUGCAGUUCGUGCCCGCUUUGUGGUACCUCCACGAACCAAGGUUCAUCAACAGCGACUCAGCAAGCGAAAGACUCCAGCGGCAUCGAGUACAGCAAUGACAGUACCGGUUACCACCGGAGUUCUUCGCGCAUGCCCGGUCCAAGGGGCCAGCGAGCCUUUGGCGGCUUAUCGUCAGCGGGUACAGGCAUUCACGGAUGCCGUAGCUACCGCAAAGGCACAACAGGAGGCAGCAGAGGCGGAACGUCAGCGGCUGGCCAGUGAGGCGGCAUCCCAAGCUCAGCAGACUGAUGAGGCUGACGUCGUGGUGCGAGACAAGCGGAACGCCGUUAGCAUGGAGUCCCUGACUGUGAAUGAGAGUCAGUGGACGACACUGCUCCAAGGCAUGCUGUUUGUGCCUUCGGAUACACAGGCGGAUCCGACACCGGUGGAGGAAGAAAGGAGCAACCUGGCUAACCUGAUGUUGAAUAUGAUAGACAUCUUUGAGACUCCCACCGGAACGGUUCCGGAUCGGCCCAUACGUCACGGGAUCACUCUCGAGGCUGGCGUCGUCCCUCUGCGUGGAUGUAUCUACCGCAUGAGCGAAAAGGAACUCGAAGUGCUUCGCGCACAACUCGAUGACCUUCUCGACAAGGGCUGGAUUCGCCCUAGUUGUUCGUCCUACGGUGCCCCUGUUCUCUUCGCCCAGAAGAAGAACAAAGAUCUACGGUUAUGCAUCGAUUAUCACAAACUUAACGCACAAACCGUAAAGAACGCCGGCCCUCUCCCUCGGAUUGAUGAUCUCCUUGAGCGGUUAGGCGGCGCCAUGUACUUCUCGAAGUUGGACUUGAAGUCGGGUUACCACCAAAUCGAAAUCCAGCCUCAAGAUCGGUACAAAACCGCGUUUAAGACGCGAUACGGGCAUUACGAGUGGGUCGUCAUGCCAUUUGGCCUCACUAAUGCCCCCGCGACUUUCCAAGCAGCGAUGACGACUGAGUUUCGCGACUUGCUCGAUCGCAGCGUCCUCAUCUACCUCGAUGACAUCUUGGUUUAUAGUAGGACGUUGGACGAGCACAUCGUAYGCCUUCGCGUUGUUUUGGAACGUUUGCGACUGGCCAAGUACAAAGCGAACCUCGACAAGUGCAAGUUCGCCAAGCAGGAGCUUGAGUACUUGGGCCACUAUGUUACGCCGAAAGGCAUUCGCCCCUUAGCGGAUAAGAUCCAAGCCAUCGUGGAUUGGCCGGAACCCUGUUGUACGACGGAUGUACGCUCUUUCAUGGGUUUGGCUGAAUAUUAYCAGCGAUUCGUCGAGUCAUACUCGAAAGUGGYCGCUCCUUUGUCGAGACUUCAGUCCCCGAAGGCUGCCGACAUGGACGUCCCUUGCUCUCCCGCUUCCGUUCGGAAGUACCGGGACUUGCUGAUCAAAGCCCGCACGAACAUGCAAAAGGCUCAAAUCCGCAUGCAGCAGCAAGCUAACCGACGUCGACUUCCAUGUCCUUUCCGCGAGGGAGACCUUGUUUGGGUCCUCUCCGAGGAAUUUGCGCUCGAGCAGGACGUUUUGCGCAAACUCCUUCCGAAAUGGUUCGGACCAUGGGAAGUCACUUCUGCUGUUGGAGAUGACCCCACAGGUCCUUCCUUUGUGGUCAACAUUCCUCUGCACCUUACAGUGCACCGGGUCUUCCACGCGUCGAAGCUGGCCAUCUACACGCCACCUUCCGCCGACGAGUUCCCCGGCUGUUGAUCACAGGAUCCGCCUUCUAUGGACGGACAUCAGGAAGUGGACCGAGUCAUCACGCACCGCAAGUAUGGCAACAAGCCAA